UAUUCUCAAAUCGAUCUGGUUUCUUCUUGCUUCCUUUCAACUCUCUCUCUUCAAUUUGCAGAAGAAGAAGAAGAGAUGGCGGUGGAGAUGUUGAGCUACACAAGGGAAAGCUUAAACGGUUCAAAUACAGAAGAAAACGCCGUCCAAGAAGCUGCCACUGCCGGAUUUCAAACAGUCGAGAAACUUAUUCAAAUGAUUUCCCAUCAUCAUCAAACCCAAAUCCGACAAUCUAAUUCAUCCAAUGAUGAUGAUGAAGAAGAUGAAGACCCAGAUAACAACUAUAUCGCCGUUGCAGAUGCCGCCGUCAAUAGGUUCAGAAAAUUCAUCUCCCUUCUUGAUCGUAAUCGUACCACCGGUCACGCUCGUUUCCGUCGCGGACCCAUUUCCCCACAUAAGAAAACUUUAGAUGAUGAUGAUGAUGAUCGGAGGAUGAUGAUGAUUACUGAUAAUCAAGAUCCAUCUAGUUUCAAGAUUCCGAUUCAUCAUCAAAAGAUAUUAUUACCUCCGUUACCUCAAAGAACCGGAUCGGGAAUGGUGAAAAAAGAACGAGCAUCGGCGACGACGAGUACGACCAUCAAUUUUUCUGCACCCUCUCCCCCUGUUCUUCCGCCGCCGACGAAUUCGUUCAUUUCGUCGUUCAAUUCCGGCGACGCAGAUUCAUCCGGUUUUCAGAUCACGAACAUGACACAGACAUCGUCAGGACGCCCUCCGAUUUCAACGAAAAGGAAGAACAGUUCAAUCGAUGAAGAUGCCGGAAAAUGCGCCUUGUCGGCGGCCGAUCGGUGCCACUGCUCCAAGAAAAGGAAAUCCAAGGUAAAGAGAGUUGUUAAAGUUCCGGCGAUAAGUUCUAAGAUGGCUGAAAUACCUUCGGAUGAUUGUUCAUGGAGAAAAUACGGUCAGAAACCAAUCAAAGGAUCUCCUCAUCCCAGGGGAUAUUAUAGGUGCAGUAGUGUGAGAGGAUGUCCGGCGAGGAAACACGUAGAGAGGUCUGUUAAUGAGCCGGGGAUUCUAAUCGUUACUUAUGAAGGCGAUCACAAUCACUCACAUUCCGCCGGCGACGGCGGCGCGGCCGCCGGAGCCUCAUUAGUUGUACUUGAGUCAUCUUAAUUUUUCAACGGCUGUGAUAAGAAACUAUUAUAUGAGGUCAACGGCAGAGAUUCGAUCUCUUUCUAUUUAUAUAUUAAAGGGGAGGAGAGAGAUGUGCUAAGUCAGCUAACCCUUUUGACAAACUUAAAAUUUUAAUAUUAUUAUUAUUAUUAUU